CAUCCUCAGACCCUUGCCCCACCAUGCUCACACUGGAGGCUGCACAGUUGGAGGAUUCCCACUUCUCUUGCCAGUUUGCCUCUGCCUCUCCUCUGUCCUUCUCCGGCCGGUGUGGGGUCCCCCAUCGUGACCAUCCCCCCGGUGCCCCUCCUCAGUACUCAGAUGGAGUCUUCUAUGAUCUGGACAGCAGCAAACACCCCGGCUACAUGGACCCCGAAGGCAUGGUGGACUCCUUGUGGGGCUGGACAGAGCCACCGCCCAGCCUGGCCACUGCCUAUGAGCCCUUCGACCCCUCGGCGGCCUCACUCGGCCAAUUCCAGGGCCUCCAGUUCUCCUACCUGCCUGUCAGCUAUGGCCCCAGUGGGCAGCUGGAGUCGGCCCCAGGCCCAGGGCUCAGCACCUACCGGGAGGAGGACUUUGGAGGCCAGCCCCUGGCCUCCUUCACCCAGUUCCCCAGUUCUGGCUUAUCUGAGGAUGAGGAGUUCCCAAUGGAUGGCCCAGCCCUGGAGGUGUCUGACAGCGAGUCCGAUGAGGCCCUGGCAGCUGGAAGGGAAGAGAGAGGAGCCGAUGCAGGUGCCCGGAAGAAGCUCCGUCUCUACCAGUUCUUGCUGGGGCUGCUGACCCGAGGGGACAUGCGGGAGUGCGUGUGGUGGGUUGAACCUGGGGCCGGCGUGUUCCAGUUCUCCUCCAAGCACAAGGAGGCCCUGGCCAGGCGCUGGGGCCAGCAGAAAGGCAACCGAAAGCGCAUGACCUACCAGAAGCUGGCCCGGGCCCUGCGCAACUACGCCAAGACGGGAGAAAUCCGCAAGGUCAAGAGGAAACUCACGUACCAGUUUGACAGCACCCUGCUGACCCCCCGGCGGGCGUGAGGGCUCCAGGGCUACAGGGUGGGGGGCACUGGCGGCUCAGAGGUCCCCCCUCCCUGAGCUAAUGGUGCCUUCGAGAUGGGCCGCUCCUGAGCUAAUGCCGGGGAGAUCCCCACUCCUGAGCCUGUGAAGGUUCCCCACGUCAGAGGGCUGAGGGAGCCCUCUCCAAACCCUGUCUGGGGCUGUCUUAGGGCCUCAGGCAUCCCUGGCCUAGAACGAUUGCAGCGCUAGCUUCUUGGGAUUGGGUGGGGAAGACUGGGGCCCGCCCAGCACCACCACCACCCCAGAUCCAUCCGCAACCCUGACUCAACGAUCACAAAGCCACUUUUCCAGCCCUCUCACUGCCAGCCGGGGGUCUGGAGGACUCGGCCCUGACAUGCCCUGUGACUUUUGGGGAGCUGGACCUUGACGUCCUUAACUAUAAAAGUGAGGGGGCUGGGAGCUAAGGGCCCAAUGGUCCAGGCCCUUCCCGCCUGAGCAGAUCCAAGCUGGGACCAUCCUGGAGCUUGCCCGUCCUCCCUGCCAGAGCUUGGGGCUAAGUCCCCUGGCCUGGGGAAAUAAAAGUCGCCAGCACAGCCAAGGGUCUGCCGAGGGCUUGGGCCUAGAUUUGAGCUAGAUGGAACCACGUAGCAAAGGAGUGGGGGGGAACAAGGGAGGGACUUAACUUCACCUGUUCUCGUCCAGGUCCUGGCUCCAGCAGCGGCUGCCCGGGUAACCCUUCCGCCCUGGUCUCUCUCAUACGGAAAAGGUUCUCUGAGGCAGCUGUGCCACUUGGUUGUGCCUCAGUCUAUCCAUGUGUAAGAAGAGGGGAUGAUCCCUAAGGUCUCUGUCCGUGACAUUUGGUCCUGACCCUGACUCACAGUGUGACCUUGAGUGUGUUGUCCAUGUCUGGGCCUCAGCUUCUCAAUCAAGGGAGGGUGACCAGAUGACUCUAAGCUUCUGUCUGGCCUGGAGGUUAUAUUUUGAGAUCUGAGUAUUGGGGGUUCUCGGGGUUCCCAGAGUGGUAUGGGCUGCCUCUGAAGGUUCUGAGCACUGUCCCCUAGAUGCUGGAGGGAGGACCUUUGUGAGGUUUAUUGUUAUGUGGGCCUCUGGGACCCCUGCCCACUGGAGCUUUCUCUGGGGUUGUUUCCCACAAUCCUCCUCAUCGGGUUCCGGCACCAUUCUCUCGCAGUGCCUCCUAUGGUCAGGGCUGUGCAGAGGGGCCUGGAACCUUUGGGCUUAGAAGAGCGUGGCCUCACAGUCCAUUGUAGGGAAGCCAUGAGGACUCUGGCCUGGCCUGGAACCCUGGUCCUCUGACCUCCGAGGCAGAGUUUGUUUCUCCCUACCAACAUGCCUUGGAAGAGGCCCCUGGCAACCAACCUCCCUGCCCCUUCCUACCACAGACCUCAGGUUCUGUGUCUCACCCUACAAAGUAAUGAAUUUUGCAAAUAAAAG